UUAUAAUUAUUUUUUAAGGGUUAAUUAAUUAAAAACGCAGUAUUACAACCCAGAUGUCCAACACAAGAGCUGGCCUACACCCAGACGCUCUACAACAGCGCAGUUAUUCAUACUAAUCAGCCGCAAAACACACCCUCGAUCGAGUUCAUCACCAGCUGGUUUGCACUCUUGAUCUUAUUACGAUCUCAUCAUCUCCUUCCAAAACAGAUUAGCCCUUUUUCUUCUUCUUCUUCUCUAAAUCUCAAUCCCCAUAAAUGGCUUCCCCCGAUCAUCACCAGCUGCAAUCUUAUCAUCACCACCUCCACCAUCAUCAUCGACAACAAACCCUAACCCUAAUUACUCAACAUGCAUUACUCCAAGCCACAGAGCAGUGGUUCAAGUAGUAGUAAUAUUAAUACUAAUGAAACCCGUGGCCGUAGCUACCGCGGUGUUAGGCGGCGGAGCAGUGGCAAGUGGGUUUCGGAGAUUAGAGAGCCUAGAAAACCUAAUAGGAUUUGGCUAGGCACAUUCUCUACACCCGAAAUGGCUGCGGUUGCUUAUGAUGUUGCGGCUUUGGCUCUAAAGGGUCAAGAUGCAGAGCUCAACUUCCCUAAUUCAGCCCCUUCUUUGCCUGUUCCGGCCACCACUUCCCCUCGUGAUAUUCAGGCGGCUGCAGCCUCAGCUGCCGCUGCAAUUGGGGCUGCAGCCGCUGCCAUGGGGGCGGGUGCGGCCGCCGCCAAAGAUGGUGGUAAUAAUAAUAAUUCUGGAGGGAAUAUUCAUCGACAGGAUUUAGUAGUAGAUCAUGAGGAAAGAGGAGUUUAUAAUCAUCAUGAAUAUGUUGAUGAAGAUCUUAUCUUUAAUAUGCCUAAUGUUCUAGUUAAUAUGGCUGAAGGAAUGCUUCUUAGUCCUCCUCGUUUGGACAUUGCAGGUGAUGAUGAUGAUGAUCGUAACUACUACGUUGGUAAUGCUGGGGAUCAAAAUCUUUGGAAAUUUCAUUAA